ACAAGGAAACAUAUAUAAACUUCUACAUCCAAGGAGGUAAGGAUCAGAUGAAACAGAUUUUAAUGUUUUUAAAGGAUUUUUUUGUGACGGUGAGUGAAAAAUAACAAAACUCAACCAUGGUGAUUGGAGAAGAAUCUGUUCACACUCGACCUAGGAUUCAGUCUUUAAGGUCAGUAACAAAGCUACGUUCACCUCCUGCUGUGGUCAUUACUGACGACUCGGACACAUUCACAGGAAUUAAUCCUACUUUAUCUGACACUGCUCUCUCUUCAGUAGAACCAUUACACGAUUCCCCAUCCCUCAUGCAAUCUAGCCCUACUAUAGAGCGUUGUAGUUCCAUAUCUAAAAUUCAUGGAAUUUUUCAUUCUGGGGCAUUCAACCGGCCAUCAAUAGGGUCUCUCAGGUCCUGCUCACAAGAAGGGUUCCAAGUACUUCACAAUCAAUCUUCUUCAGAAUUUCAAACAGACAUAAGUCACGUAUCGAACAACUAUCAUGGAGACAUCACAGAUGACAAUCAAUCACCAAACAGUACAAAAGGAUUUCAAUGUUGCUCUAAGAAACUGCCGCGAAUUAUUCUCGGAAUAUUUCUGAAACUAUUGUUUGCUGGUUCAUGGGCUGGAGCUGCACACUUACUCAAGUUAACUUACAUAUCAACUUUUCACCUUGCUUCAGACUUUGCUCCAAAUGUGACCACUGGACUUAUAGAAGAAGCUAAAAUUAAUGUUGUUACUUCACUGCCAACAAUGACACCUUCUUCCUUUAACGCACCUUUUUUCACAACUUGGUUUUGCACUAUGUGGAAUAUAUUCUUUUUUCCUAUCUACUUGGGAUCAAGAGCAUUGACACAACCUGAAAAGGAUACAACAAAAAAGGUUAUUUUCGAAUGUGUUCGUCAAUUUCACGAGAAAGGUUUCACGACAACGCAAUUCUUCGGACGGUGUUCAUUAUUCUGCCUCCUCUCGAUCGUAACUAAGUACAUGUUUAUCUAUUCCAUCGGUAUCCUAGAUACGACUGACGUUCUUGCUUUGUUUUCGUCCAGAAUUUCUUUCAUCUACCUUUUGUCUUGGGUUGUUCUACAUCAACAAUUUGUGGGUUUAAAGAUUGUUGCAGUCAUCUUAUGUAAUACAGGAAUAGCUAUGUUGGCGUACAUGGAUGGAGUUGCUAAAACUCCAACGCUAGGGGGAGUUCUCUUGGCCUCCGCCUCAGCUGCGGGAUCUGCAAUUUAUGGGGUGUUUUUCAAAAAGUUGAUUGGGGACGUCACACCUGGACAGCUUUCUAUAUUCUUUACUCUAAUGGGCCUUAUGAACUUUUUAAUUAUGUGGCCCUUUUUCAUCACCCUCCACGUAAUGCAUAUCGAGACUCUUCAUUGGAAUAUGUUACCGUGGAUUCCACUAGGUGGAACUGCAGCCUUAUUUCUGGUAGCCAACUUGAUAGGAAGUUUUGGAAUUGUUUGGACAUAUGAAGUAUUUCUUACACUUGGCAUUGUUCUUGCAGUACCAGCAUCAGCAGUCAUCGACAUUUACAUUUAUGGAGUCGUCUUUAAGGGAAUGAGACUGGCAGGAAUACUUUUGAUUACACUGGGCUUCUUAUUAGUCCUACUGCCUAACAACUGGCCAGAUUACAUCAAUAUUCUUUUGAGAAUGCGCAGAAUGUAUCAGAAGAGGAGCAAGAGUAGAUUAACAGAGAAGGGAUCUUUGAAUGAUCAUAAAUCCAGACUUCGAAAUGCCAAUGGAGCCAUAACUGGACAGCGGAAAAGACACUUUUAGUUGACUCACUGACGUGAAGAACCAGUGGACAAGUGAAAGAAAGCCAAAUACAGAAGGCUGUUUCGAUUUGCCUUCAAGU